AAGUCUUUGGCUUUUAGUUGAAGAACACAGGGCUCAGAGCUCCCAUCCAUCCAUUCAAUCAGACCAUUCCUUCCAGUAAGGCAACUGAACAACAUGCUGCGGGUGAGGUGUGUGAGAGGAGGAAGCAGGGGAGCAGAGGCAGUUCAUUACAUUGGAUCUAUGCUGAGCAAAGGAGUCGUCGGAUGGGUGCAGCGAACCUUCCAGAGCACCCAGGCAGCUGCAGCAACCCAAAAACCCUGCGCUGCUGACGAUAAAAUCACAGAAACCGUUCCGGAAGACAGCCCUGUCUGCUCUUACAAUGAAUGGGACCCACUGGAGGAAGUUAUUGUUGGCAGACCAGAAAAUGCCAUCGUUCCUCCAUUUUCAGUGGAAGUUAAGGCAAACACAUACGAGAAGUACUGGCCUUUUUAUCAAAAAUAUGGAGGAUAUGGUUUCCCAAAGGAACAUGUGAAAAAAGCUGUGGAGGAGAUUGAGGAAAUGUGCAAUAUUUUAAAACUUGAAGGUGUUACCGUACAAAGGCCUGAAGUGAUAGAUUGGUCAGUUCAAUACAAGACACCUGACUUUCAGUCUACAGGUCUAUAUGCUGCUAUGCCCAGAGACAUUUUGCUGGUUGUUGGUAAUGAGAUCAUUGAAGCCCCUAUGGCAUGGAGAUCCCGGUUCUUUGAAUAUAGAGCGUAUCGACCUCUCAUUAAGGACUAUUUCCGUCGUGGUGCAAAGUGGACCACUGCACCUAAACCAACAAUGGCUGAUGAACUCUAUGACCAGGAAUAUCCAAUCCGUACUGUAGAAGAUAGACAUAAAUUAGCUGCCAUGGGAAAAUUUGUUACUACAGAAUUUGAGCCCUGUUUUGAUGCUGCUGACUUCAUGAGAGCUGGAAGGGACAUAUUUGCACAAAGAAGCCAGGUUACAAACUAUCUUGGAAUUGAAUGGAUGAGGAGGCAUCUUGCUCCAGAUUACAAAGUGCACAUCAUUUCAUUUAAGGAUCCUAAUCCUAUGCACAUUGAUGCCACAUUUAAUAUCAUUGGACCAGGCCUUGUCCUUUCUAAUCCAGAUCGUCCUUGUCACCAGAUUGAGCUUUUUAAGAAAGCUGGCUGGACAGUGGUCACUCCCCCAACACCACUUAUCCCAGAUGACCAUCCUCUUUGGAUGUCCUCAAAAUGGCUCUCCAUGAAUGUUUUAAUGUUGGAUGAAAAGCGUGUGAUGGUGGAUGCCAAUGAGACAUCAAUUCAAAAGAUGUUUGAGAAUUUAGGUAUCUCUACCAUCAAAGUCAGUAUUCGCCAUGCGAAUUCAUUAGGAGGUGGAUUCCACUGCUGGACAUGUGAUAUUCGCCGCCGUGGAACCUUGCAGUCCUACUUUAACUAAACUGUGCUUUGAAAAUAGCAAUAAAUCAGUAUUUUCUGA